AUGGCCCAUCACGAUGCAGCCCGGCAGCCACCUGCACCGCUGGCCGGGCAAGUCGGCUCCGGCAAGGCACCAUCCGCCUCAUGCCAUCUCCGCAUCGCCCGUCCCUCCCUCGACAUCGCCAGGACGGUGCGCUUCUACGUCGAUGGACUGGGCCUCAGUGUGCUCUGGCGGUGCGGACCCGAGACCCUCGGCGGUCAUGCGCUGGUCAUGCUGGGGUGGCCUGGAGCAGCGUGGCAUCUGGAGAUAGUCGAUGACUCGCAGGGGGAGACGCCCCCAAGGCCGACGGAGGAGGAUCUCUUGGUGCUUUACGUGGACGGCCCAGUUGAUCCAGGCACCGUCGACAGGCUGCUUGCGGCGGGCGGGAAGAGAGUCACCGCGCGGAACGAGUACUGGGAGCGCUUUGGGGUCACCCUCGAGGACCCGGACGGGUACCGUCUGGUGCUCAGUCAGAGAGGCUGGACUAACGAGGCCAUGCCAUCAUAG